AUGGCGGUCGAUCCCCUCACGGACGAGGACGAGCAGUACGACUCGGCGAACGACUCGGAUUUUGCGCCUGAUGGCGAACCCAACAUAGUAUCCUCUGAGGACGAGGGCGAGGAAGGCGAGGAAGGGCGAAAACGAAAAAAGUCACGCAAAGAUACGACCGAUAAAUCCGCCAUUGCAGAUGACGAUGUCGUUUACGAAAAUUCCGGCGAUGAGGCCAUUAUUACCAAAGGCAAAAAGAAGUUAAAGAAGUUAAAGAACGCAGAUGAUGAGGGUGGCGAGGGUGGGUUGAUCAAGACUCGGGCGCAACGGGCAGCUGAGAAGGAAGAGCGGCAAUACGCAGCAAAUACAGAUCCAGUGACGGUCGACGUCGAUGCCAUUUGGAAGCAAAUGCUUUCCGGCCAGCCCAUUGAACCAGAGACGACAAGAGAAACCAACGUCAGCCAGGCCAUUUCAACAGAGAUUUUUCAAGAAGCCGAAAAGCAGGAUGACCCCCCCGAAAUGAUCAAGAUCAAGCGCACCUAUAACUUUGCCGGCAAGGUGCACACCGAGGAGAAGACGGUAGCGCGCGACUCUGCCGAAGCCAAACUUUAUCUCGCUUCUGAAGAAGGGCAAGCAGCGGCCGUCGCCGCCGCCGCGUCGCCGCCCAAGCGCGCGACUCGAAAGGCCUUCCGCUCCGCGUUUGAGCCCAUCGUCACCGACGCGAGUGGUGUGCGCCGGCUCGACCUCAACCUGGGCAUGGCGGCGCGACUGCAGGCGGCCAAGGAGCUCCAGGCCAAGAAGCUCAGCACGGUGGAAAAGAGCCGCAUGGACUGGGCCGGCUACGUGGACAAGGAGGGCAUCCAGGACGAGCUGGCGCUCGCGGGCAAAUCCAAGCACUCGUUCGCGGCGCGGCAGGACUUUUUGGCGCGAAGCCAGGCGAUCCGCGACGAGGACUCUCGGAGGGCACGAAUGGCCGGGCGAACGUGA